AAGACAAGAUGGCUGACGUAAAUAUGGCGUCCUACUAGCUGGAUAGUGACGCUUGUAUUUAACUUGGUUAAACUGAUUAAUUUUAUUAAUUUCAGAUAAUUGCAGCUUAUAAGAUACUUUGAAUUCUAAAAGUAUAGGUUGGGUUCGUGUUAUGGCGACGCCAAACAGUUACAAACAAAACACAUCGAUGUCGAUGCCAAGCCCUCAGAGCAAUCCGCACUACAUGAUUGCGGGGCCCCCCAUGAGUUUCGGUAUGAUGAAAGGCGGUAUGAAUGCACCGCCGCCGCACCAUAACCAAUACCAGUACCACCACCCGCCAUACCAAGGUGGUCCCUCGGUGGGCCACCCGGGCGGGUACGGCGGCUGGGCGCACACUCCCCAGCAACAGCGUUUCGGUGCAGAGGGCGCGCGCCGCGCCGCCGGGGCCGCGGUGGCCGGCUCGCCCGGACAGGCCGCUAAGGACGAUAAGACCAGUCCCUUUGUCUCCACGGUACAUUCCCAUCCUGGAUUUCAGCCGCAGAAGAUCGGCAAGGGCGCCGGCGCGGGCGCGGGCUUGCCAAAGCCGCCGAAACCGCCAGAAAAGCCCCUUAUGCCGUACAUGAGGUACUCCCGCCGGGUUUGGGACACCGUCAAGGCCGCCCACCCUGACCUAAAACUAUGGGAGAUAGGCAGGAUCAUAGGAGGCAUGUGGAGAGACCUGCCAGAGACAGAAAAGGCUGGAUAUGUUGAUGAGUAUGAAGCUGAAAAGUUGGAGUAUGAAAAGAGUUUGAAGACCUACCACAACUCGCCCGCUUAUCUAGCCUAUAUAGCGGCGAAAAAUAAAGCUGUAGUAGGUAAUCUGGAAGAAGAGAGCUCAAGUAAGAAGGGUAGCUCCCAGAAGGAACAACAGCAGCAGGACAGAAGAAUUGAUAUACAGCCCGCUGAGGAUGAAGAAGACCAAGACGAGGGUCUAUCAGUGAAGCACGUGGCGUACGCGCGGUACCUUCGCAACCACCGCUUGAUCAACGAGAUAUUCUCUGACACCGUGGUCCCGGACGUCCGGUCUGUCGUCACUACGGCUAGGAUGCAGAUCUUAAAGAAGCAAGUGCAGUCGUUGACUAUGCAUCAAAAGAAGUUAGAGGACGAACUACAGCAGAUCGAAGAGAAGUUCGAAGCUAAGAAGCGCAAGUUCAUUGAGAGCAGCGAGGCUUUCCAGGAAGAACUUAAAAAGCACUGCAAGCCGGCGGUGGACGACGACACGUUCUCGCGCAUGGUGGAGCGCGCCAUGGAGCAGAUGCGGCGCGGCGUGGCGCCCGCCAACACGCAGCCGCUGCCGCCCGCCGCGCACGACAAGAAGGACGAGCCGAUGGAACAAGAUCAAACUCAAAUAAAGCCAGAGACCAAUGGUCCCAACCUGCCGACACAAGUUGACAAGGUCUCCACCACUGAAGUGAAGACUGACGGGGUCACUACGGAGCUGAAGACAGAGCCAGAAGCCAAGGAAAAGGAGCCAGAAGAACCCGUCAACAACGGGCAUGAUGCUGAAGUAGAGAGGAAAGAAGAAAAACCAGUUCCGAAGGUGGAGAAUAAAGAAGCUGCAGCCCCCGCCGCGCCCCCCGCAGCUCACCCCACACAUAUCACAUCACCUCCACACCAUCCGCUCCUGAUGCCGCCGGCAGCUGGCGCGGCCGCACUGCCCGGCCCGCCACACGGGGCCCCGCCGCCACCGCCUGCGGGCGCGUACGGCGGCGCGUACGGCGGGCGCUACUACGGCGGCUACGCGGGCGGGUUCCCGGGCGGCGCGGGCUACGGCGCGCACGUGCCCUACUACGGCGGCGCGCAGCCCGAGCACUACCACGCCGCGCACCAUCUGCACCAUCACGCGCCGCAACACCACGCCAGCGACAAGCAGGAGGAGCCACAACCGAAGAAAGAGAGUGAAUGAUCGUCACCAAAACGCGUCGUCAAAAGACGGCGCAAGUCCUCGCCGAAGGACACCCAGUGAACUGUCCCCGUUAGACGUGGACAACGGCCGUAAUCAUGUUAGAACCAUCAGGAGUUAAGCACAUGAGAAACUUGACAGAGAAAAGUAUGAGCAAGGUGACGAGAUGAGUAAAUGUGAUACCAAAGCACAUUAAAUAAGAUACAAUUUUCGAAAAAACAGAUCUAUCAACCAUUGAAUAAGAAAGACGGAAAUAGUUUUAAAGCCCACUGAAUACCCAUAUGUGGUCACUAGGCGACACUAGCAGAAAUUGUUGUAAAGUACAGCAGAUUGUCAAAACUUAAAAGAAUGAGGCAUACAAAGUGGCCCGUCGCUCUUAUAAACUGCGAGAAUACACUUCUUAUUGGGCAGUUGAAAAAUCAUGCAAAAAUUUACAAUUAUUUUCCAAGUUCAAAUUGUGCUAAGCUCUUAAUACCCUUCGGAGGAAUGAUGUGAAAACAUUCAGAACUGGCUCAUUCUUCACAAUGGUGAUCGUGGUUUUAACAUUAUACGGCCGAUCACUGGUAAAGACAAUUAAAAUAGUGAUAAUUAAAGUGACUUAAACAAUAGUGCUAAUUACUAAGUGAAAAUCAAAGUUUAAUGCUUGUUUAAACUCUGACUUGCAGGAUUAAGAUUGGAGACAAUAUUCCGCCAACAUUAUCGUGUUUAAGCCAAGCUAGUAAUGUUCAACUAAAUUUCUUACAAGCAAAAAGGUUUAAUUAUAUAUUAUAAAAUAUUUUUGAGGUUGGAAGGUCGUAAACACGGCAAUGCAAGUAUCUUAUACCGAACAACCAGUCUCAACUGACGCGUGCCUAUUCUACAAAACUCGAAUGAGUUUAUUCGCCCGUAGUCAGUUGAAGAUUAGAAACUUCGGAAAACAAAAACUAACUUCUCGUAUAUGUAAACUCAUGUAUCCUCAUUACCCUUUGUAAUAUAUGCUCUGCUUAUAAUAAACAACAAGUUUAGUAA